GGGGAGGAACCGUAAAGCAUGCAGCAGCCAUUUUACCGAAAUUUGCAAGAUAAAAACUUGCAGGAGAGAAACUUACAAGAAAGGAGCUUUCAAGAGAGGAAUUUGCAAGACAGAAGUUUCCAAGACAGAAAUCUGCAAGAAAGAAGCUUCCAAGACAGAAACUUACAAGACAGAAACUUCCAGGAGAGAAAUUUGCAGGAGAGAGGCUUAGGUUUUCAAAACAAUGUGCAAGAAAAAAACGACAGAAAUGUGCUGGUUGCAGCAACACUCACCAACAAUUCAUCCCAGCCUGACUUUGACUCUCUUAGAAUUGAGUGUUUGCAAAACAGAGUUCUGUACGAAGACCCAGAUUUUCCAGCCAAUGACAGGUCACUUUACUUCAGCCGCCUUCCGCCUUAUGGUAUCAAGUGGAUGAGACCUCAUGACAUAGCUGGUCAGUUUGGCUUGAAACCACAACUGUUUGUGAGUGGAGCUGUAAGAUUUGAUGUCAGACAGGGAGAGUUAGGAGAUUGUUGGGUAGUGGCAGCCGUAGCCAACAUCUCUGAGAAUCCAGAACUCUUGUACCGUCUGGUACCCCGGGGACAGGGUUUCCAUGACGGCUGGUAUGCUGGCGUACUCAAGUUCCAGUUUUGGCAAUAUGGGAAGUGGACAGAGGUCAUAAUUGAUGACCGCUUGCCCACAAAGAAUGGAGAACCGGUGUUUAUACAUUCAGGACGACCCAAUGAAUUCUGGGCAGCCCUCGUAGAAAAAGCUUAUGCAAAACUCCAUGGUUCAUAUGAAGCAUUAAAAUCAGGUCAGGUGAGAGAUGCCUUGACAGACUUUACAGGGGGUCUCACGGAGAGCUACAGGGUGAGAGGAAAGACUGCAGACCUGCCCAGAAAUGCCAUCAAUAUUCUGUUUAAGUCUCUAGAGAGACAGUCCUUGGUGGGGUGUGGGAUUGAUCCUAUAGAUGGCACCAGUGGCAGGGUACUUUCUGGAGGUCUGGCAGCAGGCCAUGCAUACAGUAUCACAGACCUGAGAGAGAUACGUCUAGUGUCAGACCGAGGAGAGAUUCCCAUCACGUUGGUACGCAUCAGAAAUCCCUGGGGGACCAGGGUAGAGUGGAAUGGACCCUGGGGAGAUAGAUCACCAGAAUGGAACAGUAUCCCACCUGAGGACAGAGAAGCCAUGGGGCUAGUGUUCAGGGACGACGGAGAGUUCUGGAUGGAUUUCCGAGAUUUCCUAGAAAACUUCGACACCCUGGAUAUCUGCAACCUCACCCCGGAUUCCCCCCUAGAUACCCCAAGACGGUGGAAGGUGGCCCAGUUUCACGGACGAUGGCAAAAGGGGAUUUCUUCUGGAGGACGACCUGUCAUGAGAGAUGAAAGUGGAAAACUAGUUAUAUCAGAGACCCAUUGGACCAAUCCACAAUAUAAAGUUACUCUUAGGGAUACAGAUGAAGAUGAGGACAAUUUGUGCAGUUUUAUUGUAGAACUUAUACAGAAAGACAGACGGAAACUCAAACACAGAGGAACAAAGAAUGUGGACAUAGGGUUUCUGGUGUAUAAGUAUUCCAAAGAAUACCCUAUGCCUCUCCCAAGAGCUUACUUCAAUCUGUUUGGUUUUGUGGAGAGGUGUGAUUAUUUUUCUAACACUCGGCAGAUAGUGAAGAGAUUUCUCAUGGAACCAGGAGACUAUGUGGUGAUUCCAUGUACAUACGAGGCUCACGUGGAAGCAGACUUCCUUCUGCGAGUGUUUUUUGAAAAUGAUAAUUUCACAGUGCCAACAGAUGAGGCAGCAGAACUUACAGGCCCUGUGCCUCCUGCUAUAGACCCCACCGUUAAGGAGGGAGAAGAGAAAUUCAAGAGAUUUUUCUACGAGUCCUCUGGGGAGGAUAUGAUGAUUGACUGUUAUGAAUUCAGAAGGUUAAUAAACACAGCUCUGAAAUCAGAUCCAAAUCAUCAAGAUCUUGGCAUAGAUGCCUGCAAGGCAUUGCUAGCAAUAUUUGAUGAGGAUUGUUCAGGAAAACUGGGCUUCUUUGAGUUCAUACAGCUGUGGAAUAUGAUAAAGCUGUGGAUGACCACAUACAACAAUGCAGAACCAGGGCGAACAAUGUUAAAACUGAGCGCUUAUCAACUAAGAACGGUGCUACAGCCGCUAGGUUUUAAAUUCAACAGUAAAGUGUUGAGUGCCCUGGUGUUGAGGUAUUCUGAUGAACAGUACCAGAUUAGCAUAGACAGUUUUAUCAUGUGUAUGGCCAGGAUUACCCAGCUGACCAAGAUAUUCAAGGCCCAUCAGCAAAAUGGAAAGGCUGUGUUUUCAGUUGAUGAGUGGUUACAGCAGGGUUUACUGAUAUGAAGAUCACAGUUAUUGAAGUAGCCUGAGAGAUUGACCACGAAGUUAUUAGUAUUGUAAGAAUAUACUCCAGGUGAAACCAACUUUACAAGGUGCCACAAUGUCUGAUCUGUUAAUCACAGAUCAUCGUUAUUUUAGAGCUUAUGGUGAUCAUGAUAUUUGAUAUUUAGAGCUUACUGUGACCACAAGCAAAUUACAAAAGAAUGCUGCUGACCUUGGGAGAUUACACGUAUCUCAGAGGGGUUUGUGUGACUUAUAGAGAUAGAUGAGGACACUGUGUGACCUAAAGAGAUCAUGUCUACAGUAUCACAAAGGACACUGUGUGACCUAAAGAGAUCAUGUCUACAGUAUCACAAAGGACACUGUGUGACCUAAAGAGAUCAUGUCUACAGGAUAACAAAGGACACUGUGUGACCUAAGUAUAGCAGUGAGUGCUGUGAUCUUAUUAGGAGAUCAUGUAUAUAAAAAGAACUCUUGUUGACCUGGAGACAAAUUUCAGUUAAGUUUAUGUGACCUUAACAGAUGACAUUUACUAGAAAGGACAAGGUGUGACCUUCUGACGUCAUAAACAUUCCUGCCUGUAGUUUAUUCUGCUUAGUAUCUGUGACAAGCAGCUGAAACUUGCCCUGAUAUUACUUUAAACAGUCUCUUACUUAAUAUUUGACCAAUAUCUGAUGACAUCAAAGGAUUCUUCAACGGAGAAUGUCUUCAUGAACAAAUGUGCUGUAACACUGUUCAUUGGAACAAGGUGUUUUUCAUUAUCAUAUUUUAUUAGUUUAAAGAGUGGUAAAAACAGGGACCAAUAUCUGGAACACAUAUCCCAUGUCUUGCCUAGGGACCAGCCAUUAUCAUCCCUGUAUAUGUGUUGUCUUUUUGAUGAUAUUGUUUCCAGUCUCUUGUAUGUGAUAGUGAUAGAAAUGUGAUUUCCCCCAUCUCCCAUCCAAAUAUACAUAGUUUCAAAUAUAUAUGCAAGACAAUCGUGUCAUCAGGGGUGUAGCAUAAUUGAAUCUAGUCUUCUCUUAAAAUGUAGGGCAGCUUUUUAGUGAACUUUUAUUGGUGCAGAAAGUCUAGAAGAUGCUUAAUUUGAGGCUUAAUUAGACUUAGUGGCAUUACAAUUACAGCAUUCCUAUUUGUUGUGUUAGAUUUAAGAGAGAUUAUACUAUAGCAAUUCAGAUAUUAUCAAAAAUGGGUAAAUGUUAUAUUAUUAUUAAUAUUAUUAAAAAGUACCUAGUGAUCUUCUUCAUUGUGUUGGUAAUUCACUUUCUAUCAGUUAGUUUUCUGUUUAUCGAUUGAUAGAUUUUGCGUCAAGAUAGAAUUUGUAUUCUUAUAACAUGAUUUCUGUGGGGUUGAGAUGGUUGUGAAAAAUGAAACAUACUGUGUUUUUGCCAAUUAGUAUAUAGUUUAACCCACUACUUGAAGGUUGUGAAUUUUAAGUAUUUCAGAGUAAAGAUUCAGUAUGUAGGAUAUCUCGAUAAGAUCAAGACAAGUUUUGUGAGAAGUUUUGAUAGUUUUUGUAGAAUGCAUGUGAAAGUGUGUAUUGUCUUAUGGUAGGUAUGGAAGAUAAGUAAAAGUUGUAGUGAGAGACUUAACAAAUUGAGGCAUAUUUACAAAUUAUAAAUGUUUUAAUUCAUAGAAAAGGGUAUUUGAUUAUUUUUGAAGAAUUUUAGUAAGAUGUGUUAAAAUGUAUGCUGUUUGUGUUAAAACGUAUGCUGUUUUCAAAAAUCAAGAAAAAAAUCAAAGGAAGCUGUAGCAGUAUUUUAUAGUCAUGAAUUUCAUGAGCAUAAAUAAAAAAUUAAAAGACUUGUAA